GAGAAUUUGUGGUCUUCCAGAGCUCCGUGUGCUGCAGUGCAAGAAUAGGUACAUGUACAUGUAUGUACAUGUAUGUAUGUAGUUGGCCUUCGUGGAACAGGCAGGUCCUGAGGGAAGCAAGCUAGAAAACACUUUCGACUUACCAGCGUUGGACAAAACAUACGAAGUCUGAAAGGCUCAAGCAGAAUCGUUGGUGGGUGUCGGUGCUCCGCGCAUCGCUACCCUCUCCUGCAGCGUAUACGGGUGCAAAAGGCCGGAUAGUGAAAUGAUGAUGGCGCACCUGCGAAUCCAGUGGCCACUGAAGGUUACCAUGGUGCCGCUGUUGUUGGUGGUUGUCCUGCUGCAAAUACCUCAGUGGUCCGGUGCAGCAGAAGUCGAGAUGCUCAAGAGGUCACAAGCAACAACACCAGUGCAAGAUUGGGAGGAUUGGAGAGACAGUGCCCAUUUCCGGAAGAGACGCCAAGCUCUUAGCGGUACUGCUGACACAGUAGCCACGACUGCUCAGAAUGACCAAUGCUCGAAGAUUGUCUACCGCGAUACUAACACUUGGGUGGCGAGUUGCCCAGUUGGUAGUUAUGGCACGGGAGCAUACGGUGAGUGCCGUGGCUGCUCGGAGGAGUGUGCUAGCUGCUCAGAUCGUACAGCGUGUACAUCGUGUAAAAGCAAUCUGCUCCUACAAGGUAAUGCAUGCCAGGACAAGUGCUCUAAUGGAUACGUUCUGCUACAACGCAACGUAGGUUCCAGUGUGAGUGUUCGACUUGUCGACAGUGCUACGUUCAACAUGGCUACACUGUCAGCUCAGCAAGGACGACUGGAAGUCCGAGAUGAGAAUGGAAAUUGGGGAACUGUCUGCAACAAGAGCUUUACUUUGACAUCUGCUAAUGUGGUGUGCCAACAGCUAGGUCUCGGCAUGGCUUCAGCGCUCACAAGUGGACGGUACGCAAUAGCAAAACGUGAUGCGCCCGUAAAUCUGGGCUAUGUUAAGUGCACUGGACAGGAGAGUUCUAUAUUUGAAUGUCCACUUAAGCGUCGUCAAGACACGCUGUGUACUCAUUAUGAAGAUGUGGAAAUUCAAUGUGCUGGUCCAGACACUAGCAGAUCAUGUGUUGUACCAAGCUGUCCACGUGGAUUCUACCUUGCUCAAGACAAGAAUAGUGACAUGACUAUUUGCCAAGCAUGUGAUACUGGCUGUGCAAGUUGCAAUGCUACAUCUACUAACUGUUUGGAGUGUCCAUUUGGGCGGUUUCGCAAGCCAACGGGGACAAACGGCUCAAUCUGUGUAGCCACCUGCGGAAACGGCUUCUACGGGAAUACUGUCGACAAUCGUUGUCUACCCUGUGCUCAGUCUUGUAAGAAUUGUGCUAACGGUGGAAACAGCAAUGUGUGCACCAGCUGUGCAAGUCAACAAUUCUUGAAGGAUGGUAGUUGUGUGGCAUCAUGUCCUGAUUGGGAGAUUCGACCCACUACUCGACUACUGAACUCCACAGCGACACGGCUAAAAGGUCUCAUCGAAGUCUAUUACCAGGGUCAAUGGGGACCCAUUUGUCGUGCCCGCUUUGGGACGUUGGAUGCCAACGUUGUAUGUCGCUCUUUGGGCCUGGGACGUUCUCUCCGAAGUACGUACCGCAGCUCAUCGUAUGCUGGAAGCAAUAUCCCUGCUCGGUCUGGCGAUGCCAUGCUGUCCGAAGUGGCAUGUAUCGGCAAUGAGACGGAUGUCCGAUCAUGCUCUCACGGUGGAUUUCAGAAGGAUAACUGCCUUCCCCCGAGAGAUGUCGUAAUCCAAUGCUCUGGACCGUAUGUACCUCCGAGUGAACUUAUACGGUGUGUCAAGCAAUGCCCAGAUGGAACAUUUCAGGAGCGGCUAGACAGACUCUGCAUUGCUUGUUCAGCUGAUUGCCUCGGUUGCCGAGAUCAUGCUAGUGUGUGCACGAGCUGCAGACGAGGGAAAUACCUGAUUGGUACAUCGUGUGUCACGGACUGCCCCAGUCACAUGUAUGCCAAUACGCUAACGGGAAUGUGUACAGGGUGCUCAACGAGCUGUGAAACGUGUGGAGAUGGGCAACGAAACAACACGUGCACAAGCUGUAAAGACUCCAAGCUGCUGAGUGGCACAUCGUGUGUACAAGCUUGUCCGCCACCAACUCUGGCACUGAACGGUCGCUGUGUAACAAAGUGUGAAGAUGGUUACUAUCCGGAUAUCCAGGAGCAGACCUGCCGAAAAUGUAAAUCCAACUGCACGCUGUGUACUAGCCAAGCACAAUGUACAAGAUGUGCACUGCCAUAUUUGGAAGAAAACGGUGAAUGCGUACUACAAUGCUCGCCAGGCAGGGCAGCCGAGAAUAUUGUUUCCAGGAAUUCUCUUGUUCGACUUGCCGGUGGCACUGCCAACAGAGGUAGAGUUGAGGUAUAUUUUGGUUCUCGUUGGGGAACCGUAUGCGAUGACUCCUGGAGUGUAACCAAUGCCAGAGUGGUGUGCAGACAGCUAGGAUUUAACAGGGUCGUAAAAUCAUAUGUUCGCCGUACUUCGUUUUUCCCAAAUAACAUUCAACCAGCACACAACGAUGACCCGAUAUGGAUGGACAAUGUUCAAUGUCAAGACAGUGAUGCUUCUCUAGUCAACUGCUCCCAGAACGGCUGGGGAGUAAACGAUUGCUCGCACAGUGAAGACAUAGCUAUUGAGUGUGGUCCCAUCGCAGCUCAGCGUUGUGUGAGUGUCUGCUCAGAUGGAUACUUUCGAACUCCAUUGAGCACAUGUCAGCGAUGCUCUGGUAACUGUAGAACCUGCAUAAAUACGACAUCAACAUGCACUGGUUGUAAUACAGAGACAGUCCUGUACAACUCUGAGUGCAUCACACAAUGUCCACGGGGAUUUGUCAAGGACGGCAGGCUCCAAAAAUGCUCAUCGUGUGAUGACAGCUGCUUAUCAUGUGCUUCCAGCGCCAGUUCCUGCACCAGUUGCCGCCCGGGAUACUAUCUUGAAAACAGCACCUGUACUGCACAAUGUGGUCCCCAACGCUUUGCACUCGACUACAAAGCAUCCGUGCGACUGGUCAACGGCAAAACCCCGCUGGAAGGCCGUGUGGAAAUGUUUUACAAGGGCAAGUGGGGAUUCGUUUGCGAUGACCUCUGGUCGCUAGCCGAUGGUGAGGUGCUGUGCCGGCAGCUAAGGUAUGGCCCAGUUAUCAAAGUGUUUUAUAGAAGUCAUUUUCAUGUGAACACAAGUCAGUCGAUUGUACUGGAUGAUGUAAGAUGUCAGGGAAAUGAGAGUCGCUUAGAAGUCUGUCCCAGCAGGGAACACGGAACUCACGACUGCGGACUCGCAGAAGUGGCUGGGGUGCAAUGUGCCGGACCUAUCACGGCACGGCAAUGUGUUGAACAGUGUCCUCAUGGCUAUAGCAAUGCAUCUGAUGGAGUUUGUCAGCCUUGUGACCCGCAUUGUGCGGACUGCAACGGCAACAGCCCAGCGCUAUGCACACAGUGUGACGGUGAACUUGUUCUAGAGGGAGGCAAGUGCAAGGCAGCGUGCAGCUCCAACUUCUACAAUGUCAGUGCUGUGUGCAAUCAAUGUCAUUCAUCAUGCAGCAAGUGUGAUGGUCCAGCUGCAACAGACUGCACUGAUUGUCCGCAACCCAAGUACAUGUAUUUGUCGGGAGGUCGCUGUCAAGACGCUUGCAGUGGCUAUACACUGUACGAAGAGAUGUCGUCCCAGGGUGUUCGACUGGCCAACGGCACGGCUCGAUCUGGUCGUGUUGAAGUCUACAACUCUCGCACCGGGAAAUGGGGUACAGUUUGCGAUGACCUUUGGACACUUCAUGAAGCUACUGUUGUUUGUCGUCAACUGGGCCUUGGUUCACCCAUUGCUAUAAUCAACCAAGGCAACAGAUCACGCACAAACACUACAACAUACUACAACCAGAUCACAAACCCCUCCAUUCCUAUCAUGCUGGAUGACCUUCGCUGUAAGGGCUCAGAACCAACCUUGUUCGACUGCAUUCAUCGUGGAGCGAACAGACAUAACUGCAAUCAUAGAGAGGACGCUGGUGUAAUCUGCUCACCACCGCCAGUGUCUGCGCUUAUCUGUCUGCCUACGUGUGACACUUCGCAGGGAUACCGUGUGAAAGAUGCGGUAGCACGUACAUGUGAAAAGUGUGCAGCGACAUGUAAACGCUGCAGCACGGGAAGUGCCACCGUAUGCGAAGAAUGCAUGGAGGGAAGAUUCCUGAGUGCGUCUGAAAGUGGCAAGUGUGAAAUCAAAUGUGAAGAUGGUUUCCAUGGUGACACAACUGACGGUACAUGCCAGCCAUGUAAUGAGAAAUGUGAUGGUUGUUUCAAUGGAGCCCGUAAUGAUAUCUGUAUUCGCUGUAAUACCACGCUGGACUUGGUCCAGGAUGGCACACAAUGUGUGCCAGCAUGUCCAGCCGGAAAACGACCAGUGCGUGAAACCUUCCAGAAGAACACAACAAACAUUCGCCUUCAAGGCACUCGGCAAGUUCUACAACUCUACAUUAACUCUCAAUGGAUUCCGUACUGUUCUACGGGAAAUAGGAAUCGCCUUGCAGCUGACGUUAUGUGCAGGCAGCUCGGCAUGGGUUUACCAAAACGAUCCUCCUUCUAUCGUCGUCGUCACUCGCCAUCCCUGCUGCAUGUCAGCUUCCUGCAUUGUCUGGGUACCGAGGCUAACAUAUUUGAAUGUCAGAUGCAGACCAGCACCUCUAUCCGCGGUGUCUGCUAUCAGGCCACUCUACAGUGCAAUGCAUCUCUUGAGGCAUACGAUGAGGAAGUGUGCACAACUGUUAACGAUAAACCAUGCUCGAAUGGAUUAUGCGAAGCAGCAGCUGGAUGCUUCAACACUACUAAGAUCGCCGGCUAUAAAUCAGCGUGCUGGGAGUGCCCGAAAAAGUAUGUGGGAGAUGGACAAGACUGCAAAGUUUAUUCUCUCCAGCCACACAAACUGGUGUUGACACCACGCAACCGAUCAGCUGUGGUCAACCAGACAGCAGCGGUUGUACUGUCCUGCGGUGCAAAUACAAGUAGUAUAAUCAACUGGUACCACGAAGGGAAACGAUUGAACUUAGUACCGACAUUCACUUCACGACUCGAUCACAUUUUUCCCCGGUUCACCUAUAAGCAGAGUACUACUGGAUCUCUGUUACUGGGACGUAUACAACUGUCCAUGCAGGGAAGAUACGAAUGUUUCUCCAAGACCACACAGCUACAACUAUCAGCAAGUGCCUAUGUGCAUGUGCUCAGUCCAGUGCCGGUUGUAAUUCUCCCCUUCAAUGAUACGACUGUGGUUUAUCAAGGUGCCAACUACACACUGAAAUGUCAGGCUACUGGUGUUCCCACUCCGACGGUAACAUGGUCACGUAGCAAUGGGGGAGCUGUAGAAGACAAUGGCAUCAAGUAUACAGUUACGAAUGACAGCUUGAUGCUGCUCAAUCCUACGCUCGCUGACACAGACACAUACACUUGCAAUGCCAGGAACAAUAUUUCUACAGCAUCUGCAUCCACAGUUGUCCGUGUGAAAGGUCCACCACGUUUCUUCCGCACGCCUCCACUAGAGGGCAUUGUCCUGGAUGAGAAUGAGGCUAUCGUACUUACCUGUGGCAUGGAGAACUUUACGGAUACAGUCAUCUACUGGCUGUAUCCACGAUCUGUCUAUCAGCCUGAAAGCCGUGUUUUUGUCACCGAGAAUGCCAAAGGUCCAACAUCAACUCUAACAAUUCGCGGAGCUGUUAGCAGUGACAGUGGGUUGUACACAUGCAGUGCAAGGAACAGCGCAGGACAAGUCGACUAUCAAAUUCCCGUCACUGUCAGAUCUACUAUGGUCAUGGCCAAUCAGACAGUGUCACUGGAGUGUGCUGAUUACUAUGUCUCAGCGGAUCGCAGAGUGCUCUGGAGCGUUCUCAGAGCUGGUAGACGCUCAAACGUUGCCUUCAAUGAACGCUACAUUCAGAAUGGCUCUCACCUGACUAUCACUGAUCUCCGGGUUGGAGAUAGUGGACGGUAUGGGUGUCUGAUAACGGAUAUGUAUGAUACAGAAAUAUCCCAUCGCGAGACCACACUUGUCGUACUAGGUCCACCUGUUCUGAAACCGUCACCAACCAGCCCUGAAUCCGUUAUCGUACCCACCAAUACUUCCACAUCUAUUCUCUUAGAUGUGACAAUUCAAAGUUCAACCCCGAUGACAGUGGUGUGGAGAAGAGAUGGUGUAGUUGUGAACAAUGCACACGCUAAGCAGCUUUCAAACUACUCCCUGAUGAUCUGUGGUGUGCGAUCAGAUGAUUAUGGUGCCUAUACUGUCACAGCAACCAAUGACUAUGGAUCAACAACUCUAGAUAUUGCCAAGAUUGCAGACCAGCAAGCACCGUCCACUGUUCCACACAGCGGUGUCACCAGUUCAGGUAGUGGUACUACCAUUGCCAUUGCAGUUGUGUGUGCACUCGUGGCACUGGCACUCAUCGUUGUGCUGAGCGUGCUAGUGUACAGGCGCCGUCAUAACCAGAAAAGCUUUGACGCGAAGGUUGGAUACAGAAACGACCAUGACGAGGACACACAAGCAGCAAACACCACUGCCCCUGUUGUCAGCGACGCACCAGACUCCACGUUUAGCAAUCCGAUGGCUGUUGAAGAUAGAGAUGGUGAUUUGGUGUUGCUGAUGUAGAGCUUGGCUCUAUAAUACUCCCUAGGAGCCAGCAGCUU